AUGCCCACACCCACCACCCAAACCCCAGUCGUCAUCAUUGGCGCGGGCAUCUCCGGCCUCUGCAUCGCCAUCGACCUCAUUCGCAAACUCAACCUCCACGACUUCGUCAUCCUCGAAAAGUCGGCCGGAAUCGGCGGUACCUGGUUCGACAAUCGCUACCCCGGUGCGGCGUGUGACGUGUUUUCACACCUCUAUUCGUACUCGUUCGAGCCGAAUUCGGAGUGGACGAGGGAGUAUCCGUUGCAGGAUGAGAUCUUGGAGUAUUUUAUCAAGGUUGCGGAAAAGUGGGGCUUGUAUAGUAAGAUCAGGUUUAAUAGUGAGGUCGAGGAUGCUGUUUGGGAUGACGAGAAUCAAGUCUGGAAUACUAAAGUCAAGAUCAAUCCCGGCACGAAGGAAGGGGAGUACACCCCCUCUUACACAAUCACAUCACAGCUUCUCGUUAGCUGCGUCGGCCAACUCAACCAACCUCACUUUCCCACGGACAUUCCGGGCUUCGAUACCUUCCAGGGCCGCAUCAUGCAUUCAGCCCGUUGGGAUAAGACCUACAAUUACGCUGGGGAGAAAGUUUGUAUCAUCGGCAAUGGCGCAACGGCCGUUCAAAUCAUCCCCGAAAUCCAGAAAGAAGCUAAAAGCUUGACCAUUUUCCAACGCACCCCAAACUGGGUCGUCCCCCGCCUCGACGCACCAAUUCCUACUUACAAGCGCCUCCUGUACCGGAUUUCACCCAUCCGGAAGUACUAUCGUCAGCAAUUGAUGAACUUCCGCGAAAGUACCUACGAGCCGAUCGUGCACCCCGAGAGUGAGGUGGCGAAGGGAUUGAUGGCCUUGAGUUUAGGAAUGUUGGAGGCGCAGGUGCAGGAUAAGGAGAUGAGGGAGAAGUUGAAGGCGGACUAUCCGAUUGGGUGUAAACGUGUAAUCAUCAGCGAUGACUACUAUAACGCGUUGACAAAAUCAAACGUCACUCUCGAAACUGACCCAAUCGCCUCCAUAACCCCAGCGGGUCCUGUGACACUUUCCGGCACCCUCCAUAAUUGCGACCUCCUCGUCCUCGCAACCGGGUUCAAAUCUCAGCAAUUCCUGCACCCGAUUACUGUUCGUGGAGAAAACUCUACAUCGAUUUCGGACAUUUGGGACAAAGCUGGUGCUCCAAUCGCGCACUACGGUAUCACAGUCCCGCACCUGCCUAACUUUGCCAUGACAUACGGCCCAAACACAAACCUGGGUCACAACUCGAUCAUCCUCAUGAUUGAGGCUCAAUCUGAGUAUAUAUGUCAACUUGUCAAACCAGUCUUGGAAAAGAGGGUUAAGAGCGUGACUGUGAAGGAAAGGGCGUGUGAAAAGUACUUCAAUGAGGUGCAGGAGAGGUUGGGAGGAACUUCAUUUGCGAGCCCCAAUUGUAGGAGUUGGUAUAAGAGGGAGGAUGGGUUGAUCACCAACAACUGGUGCGGCACGGUGGUGGAGUACCAGAAUCGCACGAAACGCGUGAAUUGGGAUGAUUAUAGCACGACCGGCGGAUCCUACUCCGGCGAACGUCAAACAAUCACGAUAACCCCGUCCCACGCCAUCGCCGCCGCCCUCGCCCUCGGUCUUUCGACCAUGGCAGCUGUUCAGUUAGGGUACUAG